AGAAUUCCAUCCAGUAUCUGACGUAUGGAAGAGAUGUUGAGCCCAGUUGUGGGUGGAUUAGUGGAAGCUGCUGAAUCUCACCCUCCCCACCCCCCUUACAGGUAGCGUGUAAUUGCUGGAGUUGCGAUCUUCACAUGGUCUCUGGUUGUUCCUGCUGUUUGCAUGUUCUUCACCACGCGACCACAAGUUUAAUCGGUUACAGCUCGAGCUACAACUGGGCACGAUGCAUUCUGUUGACAGAAUGAAACCUCUCCCCAGCGCCGAUGUUUCUGAAAGCAUUUUUGACAUGAACUAUUUAUCUUGGCAAGUCCGGGGCAAGCUGAUAGCUGCCGGCUUCCUGUUCUACUUUGGGGUCUUUAUUUUCUCGCACGUGCUAAGCCUCGCUCUGUCACUGACCUACCGCUCACUGGCAGCCAAGGAGAGGGUGUUCUGGAACCUGGCUGUCAGCCGUGGGGCGUUUGGGAUCCAGAGCAUGGUGGCUGGGCUCUGGGCUCUGCUGAAGGAUCCCGUGCUGCAGGCCGACAGAAUGUUCGGCCAACAGAGCUGGAGUUGGUUCAACGUCCUCACAGCGUUUGGUUUCUUCACGUUUGAGAACGCAGCUCUUCACGGCUCCAACGUGGUCUUCGGAAGCUUCGACGCCGCCCUGGCAAUCCACCACUUCUUUGCCGUGUCUGGGUUUGGCAGUGUCUUGGUGUGGGACACAGUUGGCCACUACCUGCCAAUGCUGAUACUGCUGCUGGAGAUGAGCACACCAUUCACCUGCGUCUCCUGGAUCCUGCUGAAGGCUGGCUUGUCACACAUGCGGCUGUGGAAAGUGAACCAGUGGCUGAUGAUCCACAUGUUCCACUGCCGCAUGGUCCUCACCUACCACAUGUGGUGGGUGUGCUGGCAGCACCUGGACUCCAUCCAGCGCCACGUCCCCGCGCCACAGGCCGCGCUCUUCUUCCCCGGCCUCUUGCUGCUGACGUUCAUCAUCAACCCGUACUGGACCCACAAGAAGACCCUGCAGCUCCUGAACCCUGUCGACUGGAACUUUGCCACUGAGACCAAGGGAGUGGCCAAUGGUGGCACCGGCGCGGCUGGCAAGAAAACAACAUGAGGUGCAAAUGCUGCGGGUUUGGGGAUAAAUGCGUGAAACGUCAUCUCUUGCAACUUAACACUGACGGAAGUCUGGAUCACCACUGUGUUCUAGAUUUGGCAUCUGAUCACCCCCCCCCCCCCGCCCUCCUGUGGUGGGUGUGCUGGGAGCAUCCGGAAAAAAUAACCUUUGAUACACAAUUUUAAAUGUUCUCUUCCGCUAACUGCUUACAGGAAAAUUUAGAUUAACACGACAUGUCCUUGCAAAUUGUAAUCUGUGUGGAUGUGGCCAUGAGCCAUGUUGCUGUAUAAUCUGUGUGGAUGUGGCCAUGAGAUGAUGCCGGGAGGUCAUGGCAUGAAGAUGGUGCAGUAAUGGUUAAACAUGGCAGUGGAGGGCCUCGCAGUGAAAUCCAUUCACUUUAGACAUAACUGCCCGCUUGACACGUUUAGAAUGGAACUCAUUUAACUAACUAUUCAUUCUUUAAAUAUUUUGUUACGCCAUAGAUUUGUCAAAAGUCUUUAAUUUUUAAAGUUCAUCCUCAGACGUGAUACAUCAUGGCAACUAAAUGAUAGCAUUAAUGUUUGCGGAUUUUGUUUCUUGGGGGUUGCCACUGAAAUGUUCACGCAAUGUUCACGCCUGUUGUGUUCUCCGCUUCCUGUCAUGUCAUAUGGUCUCAUGUCAUAUGGUCAUAAGUGAUUGGAGCAGAAUUAGGCCAUUCAAUGCUCAUGGCUGAUCUAUCUCCUGCCGCCAUUCUCCUGCCUUCUCCCCAUAACCCAUGACACAGAGUAGACUUGAUGGGCCGAAUGACCUCAUUCUACUCCUAUUCCUUAUGACCUUAUAAGACCGUACUAAUCAAGAAUCUAUCAAUCUCCGCCUUAGAAAUAUCCAUUACGGCCUCCACAGCCGUCUGUGGCAAUGAAUUCCACAGAUUCAGCACCAUCUGACUAAAGAAAUGCCUCCUCAUCUCCUACCUAAAAAUAGAAAAAUAGAUGCAGGGGUAGGCCAUUUGGCCCUUCGUGCCAGCAUCAAAGAAACAUCCUUCAAUUCUGAGGCUGUGUCCUCUGGUCCUAGACUCUCCCACUAGUGGAAACAUCCUCUCCACAUCCACUCUAUCUAGGCCUUUCACAUCAACGCAGUAUUUGCAGGAAUCACUAACUUGUAAACACCAUACAUAAUACUCUGGGACAGGUUCUUAUUUUGUCCCGAAGGAGUCAUGCUAACUCUUUCAAUUUAACUUUUAUUUAUCGCUCUCGAUGUAGCUAUUAAUCGUUGAAGAGUAUUUUACAUUUUUAAUAUUUCUGUAUUCCUGAAAGCCCAAAAUAUGUCCUGUUGUGCUUGCAAAUCUGUUCAGUUUAACCUUAAUUGCAGGCGAUUGACAUGACAGUCAACUGCCUGUAUGUUUAUUUCUGUGUGUUACUGGGUAUGAUGAUGAUGAGGUUACUGGGGGAAGUCCUUCAAGAAUACCCAAACUCUGCAAUGGAACUGCAAAUCAAACAAAUUUUUACUAAACAUCUAAGAAAAAGCUGGAGUAACUCAGCGGGACAGGCAGCAUCUCUGGUGAGAAGGAAUGGGUGAUGUUUCGGGUCCAGACCCUUCUUUAGCCUAAAGAAAAAAGUAAACGUCAAUUUUAUUUGUCACAUGCACCCGAAGAUGCAGUGAAAUGAAUUUGCCAGCAGCGAUACACUUAAAAAGAACACACAAUACACAAUAGAAUUUAACACAAACAUCCACCACUGCAUUCUUCACUGUGGUGGAAGGCAACAAAGUUCAGUCAGUCCUCCUCCAUUGUUCACCCGUGGUCGGGGCCAUGAACCUUUCGUAGUCGCCGCUACGGACGGCCCGAUGUACAGGCCCUCUGGUAGGGAUGAUCCAAACUCCAACGUCGUGACGGUCAAACACACUCGGAGGUCCCAAAUUGGCACUUUCCUGCUGGAGACCGUGGCUUGACCCGAGUCUGGACCCAAAACAUCACUCAUUCCUUCUCUCCAGAGAUGCUGCCUGCCUGCCUGAGUUACUCCAGCAUUUUGUGUCUUAAACCAAUAUCUGCUUUUCCUACUUUACUAAACAACUCUUUGUCUCCGAGUUUUCCAGUGUUUUGGGGAUAUUACUUGGAUCUGCAAAUUGCCACUUGGCUAGUUUGCAAAGUCCUGCCAUUGAUUGAUCCAAUCACUGCAGAGUGCCUCUAUCUGCAGUAUCAGUGAUCCAGGCAAUGAAGGUCUGGUUUGAUUUGCAAAUGUUCUAGUUCCUGGUACGGGCGAUGACGUGUUGCUUUAGGACAAACCUUGUGUUGCUUUAGAACAAUGCAAAGCACAAUCCUUGCAUUUCAAUGCUGCCAUUCCAGGAAUUGUGUGUGUGUGUCAGUCAGCUGCUGUCCUAUUUUAAGAGUGCAGAACAAGAAUUAGAGCUGCUUCUGGAGUUGUUUUAAGAAUGAGUUCUCCAUGUCAGAAGAAUGACAGUAUUCAUUGGCAAGAUCAUUUUGUAUUUGAAGCACACUGCUGAUCGUUAGUUACCUGGGGUUUGCAGGUGAGUUACCUGGGGUUUGCAGGCGAGUUACCUGGGGUUUGCAGGUGAGUUACCUGGGGCGUGCAGGUGAGUUACCUGGGGCGUGCAGGCGAGUUACCUGGGGUUUGCAGGUGAGUAACCUGGGGCGUGCAGGUGAGUUACCUGGGGCGUGCAGGCGAGUAACCUGGGGCGUGCAGGUGAGUAACCUGGGGCGUGCAGGCGAGUAACCUGGGGCGUGCAGGCGAGUUACCUGGGGUUUGCAGGUGAGUUACCUGGGGCGUGCAGGUGAGUUACCUGGGGCGUGCAGGCGAGUAACCUGGGGCGUGCAGGUGAGUUACCUGGGGCGUGCAGGCGAGUAACCUGGGGCGUGCAGGCGAGUAACCUGGGGCGUGCAGGCGAGUAACCUGGGGCGUGCAGGCGAGUAACCUGGGGCGUGCAGGUGAGUUACCUGGGGCGUGCAGGCGAGUAACCUGGGGCGUGCAGGCGAGUUACGUGCGGCGUGCAGACGAGUUACCUGGGGCGUGCAGACGAGUUACCUGGGGUGUGCAGGGGUGUUACCUGGGGUGUUAUCUGGGGCGUGCAGGGGUGUUAUCUGGGGCGUGCAGGCGAGUAACCUGGGGCGUGCAGGUGAGUUACCUGGGGUGUGCAGGUGAGUAACCUGGGGUGUGCAGGGGUGUUAUCUGGGGCUUGCAGGUGAGUUACCUGGGGUGUGCAGGGGUGUUAUCUGGGGUGUGCAGGCGAGUAACCUGGGGCGUGCAGGCGAGUAACCUGGGGCGUGCAGGUGAGUUACCUGGGGUGUGCAGGUGAGUUACCUGGGGUGUGCAGGGGUGUUAUCUGGGGCUUGCAGGUGAGUUACCUGGGGCGUACAGGUGAGUUAUCUGGGGUGUGCAGGGGUGUUAUCUGGGGCGUGCAGGUGUGUUACCUUGGAUGGCAGGUGAGUUACCUGCUUAUACAUCCUGCUACCUGACAGCGGGACUAGGCCCAGGUUGUGGGCUUGGCCACUAAUGUAAGAGUUGCAGCUGCUAUGUGUGGCACCUUUUAAAUAUUGACUUGAGAUGAAGCUAUUUUUAAGUUUUGACAGACUUUAACUAUUUAAAUUAUUUAAUCAUUCUGCAUUGGGCGAAUGACUUUGACAAACAAUUAUCGGGACUCUCCAAGCCCGGCUAAGAGGUUUUUAAGCACAGCCAUGUCACAGUUACUGAGAGGUGAGAGAAAUAUUGUACGGGUUAGUUAAUAUAAGAAAGAGACUGCCAGAAUCAAGUCCGGCUAGGCUUUGAAAUUCGGUUACAAAGCAAAGCACAGAGUGCUGGAGGAACUCAGCGGGUGGGUCAGUCAGGCAGCAUCUGUGGAGGGGCCGGACAGGCGACAUUCUGGCUCAGGACCCUCCUUCAGACUGGACAAAUUCUGUUUUCCAGCAAAAUAGUUUGAUAAUGCUGUUUGUUUUGUUUGCAAAAUGCAAAGUGCUUUUAUUAUUUUGUAUGACUAAAAUGAACGUGUUUCACAACACGUAUGGUGAUAAACGCUACUGUGCAAUACUCCAAUAAACAUGAUUAACCAUAA